AAUCUAGAACUCUACUCUCUCCCUGUGAUCAUGGUGGAUGAGACUCUCUACUGGGUAUACAGAGAAAGUUGCAUGCGACUGUAAACAAUGAGCAAUAGCGAUGAUGAUCAGCCACGUCUGAGCUCGAGUACGCUUGCCGCAUUAGAGGAAUUCUUGAAGGAGAAGGAAGAGCGAGAGAAUUUAUUAAAGCGUAUAUCUGAGGAAAAUCGAAUACCAGAUACACCCUUCGACGAGGAUUGGCAACUGAGCCAAUUUUGGUACAAUGACGAUACGAUAGAAAUUUUUGUCAGAGGUGCCUUAAAUUCCACGCCAGCAAAUGGAAAGAUAGCUCUGAUUUCUUGUCCGACACUCUAUGGCAAAUUGAAGAAGGAAUGCGGUGAACGGCAAGUCACGCUGUUCGAGUAUGACAGUCGUUUCAAAAUAUUUGGUGCGGAUUUUAUACAAUAUGACUACAAGUUUCCCCUGGACGUGCCUCGAAACAUGUCUAGUCAGUUCGACUUGGUUAUAGCCGAUCCACCUUUCCUUUCGGAGGAAUGUCUAACUAAAACGGCAGUGACAAUAAAGUUUUUGACCAAGAAAAAUAUUGUGCUGUGCACAGGUGCUGUUAUGACGGAGCUGGCAAAGAGGCUGUUGGAUGUUAGAAAAUGUGAUUUUCUUCCAGGUCAUAAGAACAAUUUGGCGAAUGAAUUUUAUUGCUACUCGAAUUUCGACUUCGACAAAACUCUGAAAUGACAACGAAUUGAAUAGUUUUAAGAAUUUAACAGAAUUGAACAAAGUAUUGAACGAAUAUAUAUUUUAUUUGAUUGAUAAAUAUAUGUAAUAAAUGUUGAUAAUUUCUUUUGUAAGAAUAGAUGUGAAUGGAUUUCUAAAUAA